AUGGAGGGGGCGUGAGUAUGGCGCGGAGGAGCCGGGGCUGCCCCGGGAGGGCUGCCAGGCUGCGGGGGGCCAACUGUGCUUUCUUUCUCGGGGCGCGCUGUGCUGCUUUUUCGCACCAGCGUCGUUUCUGGCGCCGCGCUCGCGGUCGCCCAGGGGUUGCAAAAGUAGCAUCACCUUGUGCUCCGUUGAGAAAAGGGAACGACAAAAAGGAGCAGGCUUGAAACCCUUCCCACGGGAGAACCUUGAACUCCCUGCAAGCGCAGAAAAGUUCUUACACUGCCUCAACUUUGCCUGAGCCCAGUCCUGAUGCUGACCUGCAACCCUUUACAGUGGUACCUCGAGUUACAUACGCUUCAGGUUACAGACUCUGCUAACCCAGAAAUAGUACCUCGGGUAAAGAACUUUACCUCAGGAUGAGAACAGAAAUCGUGCGGCAGCAGCGGGAGGCCCCGUUAGCUAAAGUGGUACCUCAGGUUAAGAAUAGUUUCAGGUUAAGAACGGACCUCCGGAACGAAUCAGGUUCUUAACCUGAGGUACCAUUGCACUGUAGUUUGAAGAUGGAAGUCCUUUGGGGACACUUCUUUUUCUGAACCAAAAAAACAUCCUAGUGCUCCGUUAUUUUUAAUCUGAACUAUCCUAAGAUUCGACUCUCCUCUGGAAUUCACCUGUUCCCUGUACCUCCCCUGCUAGAUGUCUGCGGAGAAGAAGAGGCGGUCCCUAUAAGACAGAGCCGGCCACGGACUUGACCCGCUGGCGCUUGAGCAACGAAGAAGGGCGGCAGCAGUGGCGAUUCCUGGCGGAUGGCGAGGAUGGUGGUCGGGAGCAAACGGCGCUGGAAGCUCACUCGCUAGGGCUCAGCACGGUAGGUAGGCAGCUGAGGCAACCCCUCGCUUGCUACCAGGUUUUGAGGAGAACAUGCCAGUUGCAUUAGGACCGCUUGGUUCUUUGGGGAUAGUUCCGUUGGAAGUUUGAUUUUCAAACUUCAUUUUGUCUGAAUGCACAUUGACUUGUCUGCUGAAGAAAUCCUGUAAUGCUUAUUCUUUGGCGAUCCCUAACAGCCGAGUAAGAGUGUCUUCCAUGAACACGGUCUUAACAGUGAGUCUAUAAGUGACUAUGGAGGCCAAUUCUGGAUCCACACGUCCUUCCACAGUGGGGACAUAGGUUUCCAGGAGGGAGUUGAUCACAGCGAGGGUUUGCUAAACGUACCUUCCUCUUGGCACAUUUCUCCCUUUCGUCCUGCGUUUGAGUGUUUGAAGGCAUAUCCUAGGGUACAGGCAAUGUUCAUGUGGGGCUUCCCUAGUGCCCCAUGUGCCCAGAAAAUGGGUCCUAAAGCUUUGGCGGUGCUUCCUGGCAUCAGCGUGUUGAAGGGAAAGAGCAGGAGUGGCAGAAGAGGGUGCCUUGCAGGAGAGGUUAUGAGUUUCUUGUUGAGGAAUUCCUGAUGAGAUUCCAGGGAAUCCCAACUCAUCUGAGGCUGCAGUUUAAUUUCCUAAAAGUUACAAAGUGGUCCUAGAAGUCUGUGUUUUUCCAGUGCCAACUGGGAAGUGAGAACUGCCCAUAUCUCUGCUCCGGAGAAAGUAAGCAGGACUGGCUUGUUGCUUUUAGUCUUCAUGUAUUGGGAAGGUUCUUUACUAGCUUGUUUAUUCUUGUUGGAAAAAAUGCGUCGCAAAAAAACUGAAUUGAUCUGGCGGCAGCCCCUAUGCUGCAUUUAUGGCCCCUUUCUCCCUUGCCCACACCUUCUGGCUGUUCCUUCAGCCUCCCUUGUGAUACCCUCCUGAAAACUGGCUGGUCCUAAUAAAAUUGACUUGCUUUUUUGGCUCCAGAGGCAAAUAUUCAGCCCUCAGAUUCCCGGUGUGUGGAGGGGUAUGCCACCCUAAGGAAGCCUGGGAAUAUACUGAGAGGAGGCCCUGUGGUCCUUCCUGAUAGAUGCCAGAGUCUUUGAUUCCCUUUCUGUUUACCUGUUUUGCUAGUCCAGUCUCCUGCUUUUCCUUGCUUUGUUGUUCCUCCCUUGCCCUCUCCCUUUUCCUUGUGGAAUUGGUCUCCUGCCCUACAAGGUGCUCGCUGGAGACAUUCAUUCAUUCAUUCUAUUUCCCUGUCUGUUGUGAACCUAAGCUUCUGCUAUAGAAUUCACCUGUGUCUCUUUCCUCUUUCUUCUUCACUGUAAUUGGCAGAGCAAAUUUUUCCCGGACUUGCCAAAGGCCUGUACAGCACAGGAAGGAGCAGUGAAUGGAAUGAAGUUUUACUCAGGCCUGCAAGCAGAAGAUGGCCACUGGGCUGGGGACUACGGAGGGCCUCUCUUUCUGAUGCCAGGUAGAGUUACCAUGACAACUCAGCAAACUUUUUCUCCAACCAGACAAGCAGUGUUCCAGCAAGGGGUGAUGCGUAACAAAUCCGAAAGCGAACGCUUUGGGUGCGGCCUAAUCCCCAACAUCCCCGAGAGGGAGAGGGAGUGGCUGGGCCUUGCUUCUCCUGCUUGAAGGUGCCCGUGGAGUUGACACAGUUGAGAGAAGUGUCAGCUGGAGAAGUGCUGCAUGUGUGCAGGAGAAGGAAUCAUAGUGUCAUAGAAUUGGAAGGCACCCAAGGGUCACCUAGUUGCAUCUGUCAGCAACCAACUUAGAUAAGAAAGUUAAUUUUUAAGUAAAGGGAGGCUAAAAUAACAUGUGCCUCAUCUUAUGGAAUCCUGUCGCUGGAACAUUUAAGGAGGCAAAGAACCUUGCUUGUUUCACGACAGAGCUGUGUAAAUUCAUGAUCAGGAUUUUGUGAGUUUUCCUUUUUGACCCCCCCCCACCUGAUGAGAUCAGGAAGGAGAGCAACAAAGGUAGCUGCCUUAUAUGGAGCCAGACCAUUAGACUAUUGAGCUUAGUAUUGUCUACGUUGACUGGCAGCCACUCUCUGGGAUGUCAGGGAGGUGCUUUCCUCAGCCCUGCCUGGAGAUGCCAGGAUUGAAUGAGGGAGCUUCUGUGUGCAAGCCAGGCCCUUCCCCACUGUGCGCACCCAUCCCUACAAUCUUGGAUCUCACGCAGGUGUAUCCGCCUGGGUCAUCCUCAGUGGGUGUGAGGCUGGUGGUUGCCCCUUCUCUGCAGCCUGUGGCUGGACCAGGCGGCUUCCUGCCUAUGUCAAGACAUUGCUCUCAGCACCUUUGAUUGUAGCAUAAGUGAUCCUGUCUAUCUCUCCUCCUAAACAUUAAUGUUCUUUUUAGCGGACUAAGAGAAUCAGCAACUUUGGUGCUUCUGAGGACUGAUUGUGUAACACACUGAUCUCCCUAAAACAGGGCUCUUAAUCACAUGCUACGUUGCCAAGAUCCCACUGCCAGAAGAGAGCAAGAAGGAAAUGGUGAGGUACUUGCGUUCAGUUCAGCUCCCAGAUGGAGGAUGGGGCCUGUGAGUAAACUAUAAAAUUUGGUGCUUUAGAAACUGCCCACCUGCCAAGCUUGGUCCGUGAGGGGGUCGGGGUAGGAGGGAUCUGACCCAGCCGCUGGAUCCAGUUCCCCAGCCCUUGUUGAACAAUAUGUUAUGUUCCAGGUUGUGGAGACUAAAAAGUGAGUUUGCCUUCUCCACUGCUCAGUGCUAGAAACUGGAAACUGGUGGACUAGAAAGGAAAAUGGAGAAAAUGACUCCCCCACAGCCAAAGGUUAAAGUAAAUGUUGGGUGAUAAAGUUGACUGUCCCCAGUGAGAGUGAUGAUAGAUACAACGCGCCAAAAACAUUAGCACAUAGAUAAUUGAGUAACGAAAAUGCUCAUAACAAAAGGGCUCUGAAAAAACAGACAGAAGUUGUGGGAGAGUUACAGAUUAGCUGGUGUGUCAUGUGCAGAGCCCAUUUGCAGCAGUAGUGGAAAAAACCCCCUUGUGCAUUUGGCCCUUAGAUUAGCCAGUUUGCAUGAAGAGCAUGGAAACAGUGGAAGAGGCAAGGCUCAUUCUUGUAAUAUUAAACUAUGGAUUAUGUAUUUAAUCCAAAUUGGUCUAGUGUGGAAACAAAACCCUGUCCAGCAGAACCAGACCUGCUGGGAAAUGAAACACCACAUGACAUUUCUAUAAUCUACAUUUAAAACAGAUGACAUAAUGUUCCCAUGGAAGUGGAUCAAGCUCUUUCUGUUGCUCAAAUUGCCUUAGCCAGCUUGCAGUAAUCUUGAUCUACCUGAAGUCAAUCAGGACAGAUCGAGUAACUGCCUGCGGGCAAGGCACAUAUUCUUAACAGUUCUGAUGUUUUUGUCCGGUAGGCAUGUUGAGGACGUAUCCAAGGUAUUUUGUACUGCUCUCAACUACACAGCCAUGCGAAUCCUUGGGGUCAGUCCUGAUGACCCAGAUCUGUUGCGGGCUCGGAACAACCUCCACAGUAAAGGUGACUAACCAGGAGGCCACCUCACAUGAAGGUGGCUUUGUUUUUCAGUCUUGUUAUCCUGUGGAAAGGGAACUCUCCUUAUUCCUAGAGUGAGUGUCUAGUUCUUCCAACAUCCUAUCACAUCCAUGGACUGUCUCCUUUCAGGAGAGUUGGAAUCUCUUUUGAAUUUAAUAUUGGCUGCCUUGAGUGCAUCUGCUUAAAGCACUGGGCAUGAGGAUGCCGUGAUAGAGCUCCAUGCUGUUGUGCACAGGAGGCCAGAGUUCCCUGUUUGGGUCUUCUCUCACCACCAAUGCAGCAUGAUUGGCGGCACAGUAAGGAGGACUCUUUGGAGAAGGCUGAGAGGAGGAGGGAUGAGGAAAUAAUCAGGGGUCAUCCUCUGGCUCCAGUGGGAGUGUUUUGUUUAUACUAUCCCUUUUGCAGACAAAAAAGUCAAACAGUAAGCAUUUGUUUCUUACAGAAGAGUCCAUUUUACUGCAGCGAUCUCUGGUUUUAUAGAUAUCUGUAUGAGUUCUUGUAUAUUUGGCUCUUCAGGUGGUGCUACAGGAAUCGCUUCCUGGGGUAAAUUUUGGCUGGCUGUUUUGAAUGUCUACAGCUGGGAAGGACUGAAUACACUUUUCCCUGAGAUGUGGUACGUGCAGUUUUAGAGUAUUACAGUGCAAGCCUAACCAUGUCUUCUCUGAAGAAAGUGCUGUUGAAUUCAAUGAGACCUGCAGGUAUAUGGCAGUAAAAAAAAAUAAUACAUAAUAAUGUGGCUUGCUCCCUGGUAAGUGGGAAUAGGAUGGCAGCUUUAGCUACCAUAAUUUAUAUCUAUACCUCCUCAUAGAAACAACUGGAAGUUACUAUCAGUUUGUCAAUAGGUUGGCAUGUUUGCUAAGUCUCUAGUUCAACUUGUCACAUCAAUUCGAAGAGCCAAAAAAGACCUAAGUUUCAGGAGGCCCCAGAGACUGGCCACCGGAAAUCUAAAUGUCAAUUAACAUUUUAGCUCAUACUGGUGAAAAUUUGGCCUUCAGAAACCUUUUUGGGUAGGAAACCCUAGCUUUACGCAGGCUGUGGUACAAAGGUGAGACUCACCGCCAUUGCUCCGCCCACUUUUGUCUCCGGCCACGCCUACUUUUCUGCCUGCUCAUGCUCAUUAUGGACAUGCGUCUCUGAAAGGUUGCCCAUGAGUGAACACAGACCUCAGCCAAAAACCGGCUUCCCAAGCCCCAGUUUAGCAUGUUGUCUGAAUCCUAAAUUCUGGUCAGUGUUAACUAUGGUUUGUCUAAACAAACCAGCUUGAUGAACUUUGGCUUGCAGUUAGCCUGUUUCAGUAAUUAAAAUUUAUUAGAGUUUGUCAGGUUUAGGCAGCAGAGCAAGCUGUGUAUGAUGGAAAUCAGAAGGGAAAGCUUGUCGCACCUCCUUGGGGCUCAGCCAACCAGGACGGCGUGUGAGCUCCUUCUGGUCCCAUUCAGGUGGGCCAUGGCCUCAGGGCUCAUGGAAAAGGAAGGCUCAGCCAGUUUAGUCCUGAGUCUGCUCUGGAGUCCCUGCUGCUAUCCAGGUAGCUUGCCAUGGGAUGGAUUCUCUGUGGGAAUCUCCUUAGGGCCACAGAUACAUGGCUACUGGCUGCCAUUUCUAGAGUUCUGCCCAUCGUUUACCGCAGGCUUCCCUUUUGAUUUCUGAUAGGCUGUUUCCUCGCUGGAUGCCAGCCCACCCUUCUACUCUUUGGUGUCACUGCCGUCAAGUUUACCUGCCCAUGGCCUACUGCUAUGCUACGCGACUCACUGCAGAAGAAGAUGAGCUGGUUCUGAGCCUCCGGGAGGUAGUUCAAAAGGGCCUUUUUUCCUUCCUCCAUCUGUCUGUUUCUCUCUCUCAUAGAACCAUAAAAUUGUAGAGUUGGAAGGGACCCAAGGGUCAUCUAGUCCAGCCCCCUGCAAUGCAGGAAUCUCAGCUCAAGCAUCCCUGACAGAUGGCCUUCCAACUUCUGCUUAAAAACCUCCAAGGAAGGAGAAUCCACCAUCUCCUGAGGGAGACCAUUCACUGUCAGACAGCUCUUACUGUCAGAAAGUUUUUCCUGCUGUUUAGUCGGAAUCUCCUUUCUUGUAAUUUGAAGCCAUUGGUUUGAGUCCUACCCUCCAGAGCAGGAGAAACAAGCUUGCUCCACCUUCCAUAUGACAGCCCUUAAGAUAUUUGAAGAUGACUAUCCUAUCUCCUCUCAGUCUUCUCUUUUCCAGGCUAAACAUACCCAGCUCCUUCAACCAUUCCUCAUAAGGCUUGGUUUCCAGCCCCUUGAUCAUCUUGGUUGCCCUCCUCUGCACUCGCUCCAGCUUGUCAACAUCUUCCUUAAAUUGUGGUGCCCAGAAUUGGACACAGGACUCCAGGUGUGGUCUGACCAAGGCAGAAUAGAGUGGUACUAUUACUUACCUUGAUCUGGACACUGUGAAAUGCUUUAGAAAAGUGUUUUUGCUGUAAUUCCUCUGGAGGCACCACAGAUGUUCUCCUGGAACCCCAGUGAAAGCGUGGCUUACAAAUUAUAUUGACUUCUUUAAGGCUUUAUAUCUCUUUAAGGUCAUACAGAAAUCAAGGUGUGUGAUGCAUUGGGAGGCGGAACAUACAGCAGAUACAUAAUUUAAGCAUUUGCUUAGAUGGCAUAAACAGAAUGAAAUUCUGUGGUCAAAGAAGACGCUCCGCCUGGUCUUAUAGCAGGUCGGAGGCUGAGAAGGCGCCUAGGCAGCCUGUUUCCAGCUUUCUCUUCUCUUGCCAAUUCUGCUUGGUGUUGUGUGACCCUUCUUUGCAUCUAGGAGCUCUACACCCAGGACUAUUCCCUCAUUGACUGGCCGGCGCAGAGGAACAACGUCGCUGCGGGUGAUGUGUACACGCCACACAGUUGGCUGCUCUCCAUCAUCUAUGGUGAGCAGAGUGUGACCUCUGGGCUUGGAAGGUAGUCAUGCUUGUUUGCAGACCUGUUUGCCGUCGCCAGGCCUCUUGUGCUGUUCACUAGCUGAGAUGGUACUGCUGGUCAGCAGAAGGAAAAGCGGAUGGUUCACAGAGAGGCAUCGCUGUAUUGCCCCAGGUGGAGAAUUGGGCGGUAGUGCAUACACCGUUAGAGGAAAGUGUAAUGUGCGGAUCAGGGCUGCCUGUGUAUACCUGGAAGUAAAUCCCACCAUGUUAGUGGGUCUUCCUUCACUGGGGAAAUGUAAGGUUGCCUGCCUGCUCCCCUUGAUGCUUUUUUGCUUUUCCUUUCUGGCACAUAGUGGAUAAAUGCAAUGGAAGACUCUGUAGAGGAAGGUUCUGCCCUGUGAAGAGGCCUCACCUGUAUGCAUGCACUGUAUGUAGUUGGCCUAAAUGCCUCUCUGGCAACGGCACAUCUCCUGGCAUCCGAUGCCUUUCCUUCAGAUAUAAAAGCUGCAUAGGCCUGGCACGGGGUAGGCUUGGCCUGAUCAGGGCAAUGCUUGUGUGAGUCUUCUGCAGAGAGUCCUCUGCCUCUCUUGGUCAAGGGAGCCCUCAAAGCUUUUCUUCAGCCUGCCUUUUCCUUUUUAAUCUUGCUGGCCGUGGCUGGCUUCAUUGCUCAGUGCUGCAGGGAUAAUCAGAACUUGGAUUAGCAGCCUACUCGACAUUAUUCUCCUUUUCUACAACUCCACUUACUGGUGUAUCACCUGCUGAUUUCACAAGCCAUUGCUUUGUUGUGAUUCAGAGAUUUCAUCCAACAGUAGACAGAAGUGGUUUGCUUUGUUUACCUGACAGGCCCACUCACUUUGCAGGGUUGCUGCAAGCGCUCUGCACAUGUUGAACAGGACUUGUCUGUUCAGAGCAUACAGCAUUUAUCUUUCAGCCCUCUAGUCUCUGUGUUUUCAUCCCUCAACCCUUGCUUGGCUAUCAGCUGAAUCCAGACUCCAGAGACACAGUAAUGCCACAGCAGCUGAUUCUGGGUGAUUCCACUACUUCAGCGCAGUUUGUGCUGGUACAGGGACACGAAGGAAAAGAGUGAACAUGCUUCUCAUGUGCACAGGGAUUGUUUGCAAAUGUGGCUUUGCCAUUUUCCAGUGACAGUAUUGAUAAUUCACAAAUGAAGUUUGAUUAGCUCUGAACUGCCAUGGAAACCUAAGUUAGGGAUUUGCUAAGUGUAUGUGGCUCAAUUCCUGCCUGUAUUACUCUUCAGUGCUCAUAUUCAGCAGAUAAAUAUGAAACCUCUUUCUCUCUGCUUCCAUUCCAGCAAUUAUCAACACCUACGAGAGAUUCCACAGCACAGCUCUGAGACAACGAGCAAUUGAGCAGCUGUACGACCACAUUAAAGCUGAUGACCGAUUCACCAAAUCCAUCAGCAUUGGCCCUGUAGGUCACUUUGAGUGGCACUUACAGCUGAAUAGCUCUGGAAUGGAACUUGAUUUGCAGAUUCCAAAAUGCUUGUUCAGUGCAUCUGUUCCUGGUAGCACAGUACCUAAUGAGCACAGGCAGAUGGCUGCAAAAUUUGUCACCCCAUUGAUCACCAGGGUUGAUUUGGCUGCCCUGACUGGCUGGUCAGGCACCCCCAACCUCCCCCCCUCCAUGUGCACUUGGUGGAGCACAGCCAUCCCGGAUGGAAGAUGUGUGCCUCCUGCUCUUCAGUGGAAAGCAAAUGGUCGUUGAUGAGCCCAGGCUCAAAGCUGUACACACCUGGAAGGUUCCUUCCAUAGAGCUGAGUGGAAAUCUCAGCGGCAGGGCACAUGUUCUGCAAGCAGAAGGUCCUGGAUUCCACCUUUGGCAUCUCCCAGUUGAAAAGGAGCCAUGAAAGAGCUCAGAAAUAGCCCCGGUCUCCACUGACCCCCUGACCCCCUUCAGCCAUUCUGCAGUGGGGAGAAGCAUUUUGGCUCCACCCCACCUCUGUUCCAGGCAGGGGAGGACGGUUGGGGCAGAGCUCAGCACACUUGUCCCAGCUGCAGUUAAUGCUGGAGGCAGCUACUGUUGAUGAGUCUUCUUUUUGACCGCAUCCUUAUGAGGAUUGAUGUAGGAGCUGAGUUUAUAAAGAGGCACAAAUAUUAGGGGCUGUUUGCUCUGUCUUUCUUAGGAGAAAUGACUUUGCCUUUCUCUGCCCAUUUAGAUAUCUAAAACAAUUAACAUGCUUGUGCGCUGGUAUGUGGAGGGAGACAAGUCUGCUGCCUUCCAAGAACAUGUUUCCAGAAUCCCCGACUACCUCUGGUAAGGCUUUGUUGAAACUCAGACUUGUACAUCCUUACAGCUGCUUUGUGCAUAAUGCUCUUAAGGACUCCUGAGUACUCACGGUUCAUCAGGAGAGACUGGAGGACACUUGGAAAGUAGCUGCUGAACUCCCCUGAUGAGAGCAGGAUUGCCUCGUGUUGGUGUUGCCGUUCACCAUUUGGACGGCAUAUUAAGCUCCCAAGCAGAGGACCAUCCUCUUCUCUUCCCAGGAGACCAGUAGUAUUUGAACAAUAAGGUUGAGAGUCGGCAACUUGCCCAAGGCCUCCCUGUUGGCUUAAGAGCUGAACAGGGAUUUGAACCUGAGUUCUCUUCAGCCCCUGUCAAGUGGGGACUCCCUUAGGGUAAAGUUUAUGAGGAGCUCAUUAGUGCUGGUGGGAAGAUAAUUCAUCUUGCACCCCCCUUUGCCCAUUUGUUCACCCAGGGUACAGGAAACAUAAUUGAGGUGCAGGACUCUGUUUAGCCAGUCUACAACACUGAGUGCUUUCUGUCUCCUUGCAGGCUGGGACUGGAUGGCUUGAAGAUGCAGGUAAUAAUCCCUGGCAUGGAUGAAAGGGAUUUAUUUUUUCUCUGUCUCGUUGAGGGUCAGACUUGUGCUUCACAAGAUGGUGUGACAUUGCAUCAGUCACCCUGUUCAAACUGGAAAAGCUGCUUCCAGAGUGGCUUCAGGAUCAGAGAAGCCGCAGGGUUAGCUGACAUAUUCCUGCUCCAAAUUGCCCUUUCUCCUGCACCCCACAGCCACCCUCUGGUUUCAGAAAUGUGGGGGGAAAUGCAUUAUAAACUUGGAGCAACAAAGCAGUUUGGGAGACGUCUAGGACACAGGUGGCAGAAAGCUUGCCAUGAAUCCAACUUAACGCAAGUUGAGAGCCACUUGGUGUCAGUGGUUGAGGAGUGAAAACAGAGCUUCUCCUUGACAGUUGCAUCUUCAGAAGGUUGUCUCAUGAAGCAUUUUGAGACCUCCUCCAUUCUGGCCCAAAUGAUUUAGUAUAAGUGCCCCCAGAGGACUCCUGCGACAUGUUUACUUAAUACUUUAGGGAUGUUGUUGUUGUUGUUUAGUCGUUUAGUCGUGUCCGACUCUUCGUGACCCCAUGGACCAGAGCACGCCAGGCACUUCUGUCCUCCACUGCCUCCCGCAGUUUGAUCAAACUCAUGCUGUUAGCUUCAAGAACACCAUCCAACCAUCUCAUCCUCUGUCGUCCCCUUCUCCUUGUGCCCUCCAUCUUUCCCAACAUCAGGGUCUUUCCCAGGUAGUCUUCUCUUCUCAUGAGGUGGCCAAAGUAUUGGAGCCUCAGCUUCAGGAUCUGUCCUUCCAGUGAGCACUCAGGGCUGAUUUCCUUCAGAAUGGAUAUGUUUGAUCUUCUUGCAGUCCAUGGGACUCUCAAGAGUCUCCUCCAGCACCAGAAUUCAAAAGCAUCAAUUCUUUGGCAUUCAGCCUUCUUUAUGGUCCAGCUCUCACUUCCAUACAUCACUACUGGGAAAACCAUAGCUUUUACUUUAGGGAUAAAAGCCCCCAAAUCCACCACAUUCAGAUAUCACAGUUGCAACAGUUUAGCCCAUGGAUGGAUCCAGAGCACCAUUUAGUUUUGGGUUUUGGGGGGUGAUUUUCAGCUGUUGCAGCCAAAGGAGACAAACACAGUUUUUGGAGGGGUGCAGUUGACCACUUGCCCUUCUUGGCUCGAGGCAUCUAGCAAGAGGGUAUUAUUGAAUGACUCAGCCCAGUAGGUGAUUUAUGUCCCCUCGCAAGAGGAGUUUUUGAGCACUGCAAUAACUAUUGUCCGGUUGCUUUUAGUUUAUUUUUAUAUUUAAAAAAUCUGUCCUGCUCUUCUGGUGCUCAUGUGCCACUCAGGAUGGCUUACAACAAAUUAAAAUCACAAUACCAUUCAAUGUAGUAAAAUUGAAAUGAAAAUAAAAACACGCAUCAGACGAACUACACAACAUUAAAAUCAAUUUUGAAGCAACUUUGGCCGAGAUCCCACGUGAAAACCCCACUAGCCAACUUCACUUUGCAUGGCCAGCACCAGAGGGAGUCCUGGGUGGCACUUGCCCAUGAAACAUUAGUUCUUUGGGCAUAUUGCUGCAGGUGGAUUUUUAAAAUGCAUAGGUUGAAAGAAAACAUUUAUCCAUGUUAUAGAUAAAUUCUUGAGUUUGUAAAACGGUUACAUUGGUUACAUCCUCUAAAAUACAAUAAAAAGAAAGCAUAUAAACUACUUGCUGUAUACUUCUUAAUUAUUUUUGCAGGGAUGAUCAGACCAGUUAACAAAUAGUUUAAUGUUAAUGAGAAUUCAAAUAAUAUUAACUAAAACACAAAAUAUUACGUAAAGUAGAUUACAAAUGUUUCGUUGGUCACUACGGAGUUCCCCCCUCCCAGCUAUUUUGAUGGCUAGCACUUGGUAUACGAGUGGAGAAGGUUGUAAUAAGGACUACCUUGGUGACAGUAGGCUUUUCCUUUUUAACCCAUUGCCAAUUGUAGGGGAAAUUGCUUUUGGGGAACAGUUGAGCACCUUCUGUUGGCCGCAAGGGAGACAAGUCAGGUGGGAGGUGAGUGUUUCUUACUGCACCUUCCUUCUCUUUCAGGGCACUAAUGGGUCACAGCUUUGGGACACGGCAUUUGCUAUCCAAGCUUUCCUGGAGGUAAUUAUUUUUCUUUGUUUUGACCUAGGAAACAUGGCUGUUCCUCUGUAAUUUUGGGGAGAAUUAGCCUGUAGGUCCAACACACAUGAAUCAAAAUCAAAUGACUGAAGAAACAGUCUGGGAUAUAGAGCAUAUCUAGUUCACACAACACAGAAAAGUAUUACAAAUGGUGACAUGUGACUAGUAGAGAUGCAGUCAGGCAGACAGCCAGUAAAUUUCUGUUAAGAAUGUCUUUUGAUUGCUAUUGCAAGGGAAUGCAAAGCAGCAAAGUUUUAAAUAGCCUAGGAUGUUUAAUUAAUGUUACUCAAAGGGUAUUCCUCAGCACAUAAUAGCAUGAAGACAGUUUUGUUUUGUACAUAGGAACCACAAGGAAGUCUGAGCAGCUUUAGGACUUUGGGGGUGAGCCGGGGAGUUCAACUUUUUCCCUGCUCCAGUUCUGAUAUAGUGAUUUAUUGGAGGCUUCCAUUUACAUUUCAAGGAAAGCAUAUUCCUUGUGCUCAUGGGAGUUUCCUUCAAAUGCAGAUGACAGUUCUGAGAGGUCAUUUUUGCCAAGACUGUGGGAGGGAAAGAGUUAAAUUCCCUUCCGGUCCCAUCCCUGCAGUCCCAAAAGUCACUGCUUACGUUAACUACACUCAUGCAAUUAUCACAACUCAAUUACUGCUUGGCCCUGAAUUCUAGUGAGAUUUGUGGGCCUGGCCCCCCCAGGUAAGUAUAGGAUAAGAUUGUAGCCUUAAUUCAUCAAAUUUUAAUGAAAUUAAUCUUAACAAAAUAUUAUUAAGAUUGAUUACUGCUCCUGGAUUCAGUUUUUAAAAAUCACAUUAUGUCAAAUGAAACACCUUUUUCUUUUUUUUAAAGGCAGGUGCCCAUAAAAGGCCUGAAUUUAACUCCUGCCUGCUACGUGCACAUGAGUUUUUAAGAAUCAGCCAGGUAAGAACCAGGCAUAUACGUAUCCAUGAUCCAGUUCUGCUGUAAUACUGCCCACAUUCUAAAAAUAUGUAGGUUUUGAUUUUGCAGUGUGCCUCAUAGUUCUGUCCAAGAACCACACCCACAGCCACACCCACCUAUGCUUUGCUCCCGGGAAUGUGUCCCUUUGUUGUAAGCCAAAAAUAGCGUAUCUUCUGAGUUUAUGCCAAUAAAAACUCCGAAACGUGAGGAGUUAGGAGUCCAGCGUUUAUGCAAGAAUGUGAAUUUCGGCCUCUCCAAACUCACGUCUUGGGGGGAAGUGUUCCACCAGGUGAACCAAAUUUAACUACUACAUCUGGAGGGCUUUAUUCCUUUUCUCUAUGCAGAGAAUUUCUUGAUUUCUUCUCUGUAGUUCUCAAGGCACUGCAACAUCAAGGAUUCCUUGUUGAGGUCAAAAUUUGCUGGCAUUGAAUUGCUGAAUUGUGUGCGUUUGUUUAUAGUUGCAAAUAUCUAUACCCAUACAAAAUGUUUUUAUGUCUAUAACACCUUCAGGCCCAAACUUGAAAUUACAAAGACCGCUGUGGCUUGUGCUUGUAUUUCAGACUUUUUAUAUCACUUUCUCCCUUGCGUCUAGCAUUUUUAAUAGCGUAGUUCUUAAAAUAGUGUUCCUUUUAUGUCAAUUGCACUUGCCUUCUUUGUCUGAGUGUAGCUUGUAUCUCCUCCAGAUUCCAGAUAAUCCACCUGAUUAUGAGAAGUACUACCGUCAGAUGAACAAGGUAUAAUCACAAAAAGAGCUCCCUUUCUGAAAGCAUCAAUGCCAGAUGCUAAGUUAACUUGGGAAGAUAUCUGUCCAAAAAUCUUUCUCUGAAUUUUUUCCAGGAGAAAGUUGCUCAUGAAGUUAGGAUUGUUUUCCUCGCUCUUUAACCUAAAUCUUCCUGCAGGGCUCCCUACGCUGCGGAUAGCAGCCUGCCGCCCGGCACGCAGGGCGCCCUGAAGCAGAGCGCCCCUCGCGCCACACAGACAUCCGCAGCGUGGGGAGCCCCGCGGGAGUUCCUGCAGGGCUGCCUACGCUGCGGAUAGCAGCCUUCCACCCGGCACGCAGGGUGCCCUGAAGCAGAGCGCCCCGUGCGCCGAACAGACAUUGGCCAGCCCCACAAGCUCGGGGGACAGCGGGGAGGCGCAGCGCCGCCAUCCCGCUGUUCCUCGACCUGGUUUGGUUUCCCUGACCUGGUUUUCGGGGGGGGGAAAUAAAGGGAAAUUUCCCCCCCCCCAAAAUUAGGUGCGUCCUAUGGGACGGAGCGUCCUAUGGGACAAAAAAUACGGUAUCUAAAAGAGUAAGUUUUUCUGUACUCAAAUGCUGGAAGAAAGGUCAGCUGGGCAGCAGUGUUAUUGGCAAUAUAUGUGGUCCUGCAAGAAUUCUCUGCUCUGCAUUGCCUAAUGCUCUCAAUUGUCUAAUGCUCUCCAGGGUGGAUUUCCUUUCAGCACGCGGGACUGUGGCUGGAUUGUAGCUGACUGCACUGCGGAGGGGCUGAAGUCAGUGAUCCUUCUGCAGAACAAUUGCUCUUUUAUAAAGGAGCAAAUCCCACCGAACCGUCUCUUUGAUGCUGUGAACGUGGUGAGUGGCUUGGAAGGAGAAGCAGCCCCUGGGUCAGAGUCCAAUCUGCCUCCCAGACGAUGUUGCCUUUGGCUAGUUGGUGGUCAUAAGCUGGAGGUGGGGAUUUCUGGGUGAAGCGUGGAGCUUGUGGGAGUAUUUCUGAUUUCCACUGGGCCACUGCUUAAGGCUGUGGGGCCACUCCACUGAGCUCCAUCUUUGCCAUGCCCUUGUCCAGACGCUCUCUCUCUCUUCCUCUCUGUCUGACUUCAGUUGCUGAACAUGCAAAAUGUGGACGGUGGCUUUUCCACAUAUGAAACGAAGCGUGGCGGCUGGCUGCUGGAGCUCCUGAACCCUUCCGAGGUGUUUGGUAAGAGAAGGGACUUGCUUUGCAUCCAUGCUAGCAUAGUUAGUAAGAGGUUUGUGUGUCAGUGGAAGUCCUCUUGGGCAAGCAUGGGGAAUGGGGCAUCGUUGUCUCAGUAGAAGAACUGAAGCCAUUCCACACCCACCCACCCUGCCUGCCCCGGCAAUGUGAUUUGGCUCCUGCUGGCCCCUCUUAAUCUUCUUCUUUUUUAAAAAAAAUAAUAAUUUUUAUUAACCGACCAAUCAAAUCAAAUCACAUCACAUAUAUUCCAAAUUACAAAGCCGAAUUUUAAAUUUUUGUUGGGGGUUCCCAUAUUUCAAGUUCCGAAGGGGAUUCCAAUCAUCUUCUUGCUGCUGUAUUAAUGUCCACAAAUCUGUCCAAAUAAUAUUCACAAUUCUAUCCAGUCCUAUCUUGCUCCCACAUCUCAUCUUGUUAUUUUCAUAUAUUUUUCAUUUUUCUUUGUGAUCUCUUCUGAUAAUCUCCUUAAGCAGGUAAACACAAAUUGUAAUCCUGUGUGAGUUUUUCCGUUCGUCCAAUAACCAUAUCGAGAUGGUUUCCAUAUAUCAUCAGUUCCAUAAAUAAAAGCACUCUUUCCAUCAUUAAUCUUCACAAAUCUGUCGCCUUCUUUAGUCCUCUGAUGAGGUUCGCCCGCAGUAUGAAAACAGAUGCAUUCCUCCUCCCAGACAUAAAUCUUUCGACAGAACUUGCCAAAAUGGCGACGCUGUUUUUUACUGCGUCAUCCCAAAGCUCUUGUACUUUCCACGAUCUCCUUAAAACAUGCUUUUUGUUAAAAAUUAUCUCCACACAGUCUUAAAUCAUCCUGCUUAGGUCAUUUAAGCGGCAUUUCUGACUUGUGGGGGGGGGGAUUAUUGGUUAAUCACAUAGAAGAAAGAAAGGAAAGUCCCCCCCCAUCCAGUCCCGUUGCCGACAUACCGAGCCUUGGUGUGUCUUCUCAUGAUAUAUUCCUGUUUAUCCGACCCGUCUUCUUUCUCAGAGAUCCCUUCAAUUAGCAGUCUUUACUCCCCCUUCUUCCUUGAAAUAUGUGCAUUAGCUUCAUCCUAAUUGUUUCUUUUGAAGUUGCUGCAGCUAGUGGCGCGAAUCAGAGACAGCGUCCAGGAGCGCCAAAGUCCGCACAAGGGCUUUCUGCCUAGUGCCCCCACCCCCUCAAAUUCGGGGGUGGUAUAGGGCACAGCAGGCAAGGGUAGUCCCCCCAUUCCCUUGGGGGGGCAGGGAGGCUGCAUACUCCCAUCACAGCCACUUAAUUACGUCGUGUGGGUCGGAGAGAUGUUAUUGUCGGCCAUCUUCCAAUGUGCCCCUAGUGGCCCCCCGGCCCCUCUUAAUCUUCAAUCAAACUCUGAUAUUAAAAAGUUGACAACAACUGUACCCGAAAGGAAAAGACAAAUUAUUUUAAGUUUCAAGAAACAGAGGCAUGCCACACAGGAAUCUCACAUCUCUCUCUAGAAUCUGUCUUACUGAUUUUCAAUAUAUAGCCUUUAAUGAUAUUUCUGCUGCAUUUCAAUCUAUUAAUCAAAAUAGACUCUGGGAGAAAUCUGAAAUUGCCAACCUUGACUGCAUUCUUUGGCUUUAAUCCAAGAACAUUACAGCAACACAGGAAUGAAGGUCAGAGUAGGUUUAAAUGGUGAUACGACUAAGGCUUUUAAAAGUCACAAGGAAUGAAGGAAGGUUGCAUUCUGACUCCCACGCUGGAAGCUGGCUCCUAUUACGGAUCUAUCAUCUGUAUUGUUUUAUUGGUUCUGGAGCUGUGGAUUUGUCAUGGCCUUUCGCUGUAUCAGCAAACUUGUAUUUUUUGUGGUUUGCAGGGGAUAUCAUGGUGGACUACACUUACGUAGAAUGCACCUCGGCGGUCAUGCAGGGGCUGAAGCAUUUCCAAGAGCGCUUCCCUGAGCACAGGGCAGAGGAGAUCAGGUAAAAGGAGGGAAGGAAAGGAGCGGAGCAAUGGAAAAACAGGAUGUGAAACCUUCGUUUCAGAGUUGACAUGGGAAAAUAAAUUCCCUCCUGUCAUUGGGCACCUGACCCUUCUGUGGGGUGGGAGUGAAUAGCAUUUUUUCCCCUUCCAGUCUGGGCUAGAGAGAGUGGUGCUGGGAAUCGUGGGUAUUCACAGGGUUGAAAGGGUUCCCCACUCUUUCCUUUUUGCUCAGAGAGACGCUGCAAAGGGGCCUCCGCUACUGUCAGAAACUUCAGAGAGCUGAUGGUUCCUGGGAAGGGUGAGUGUCCUCAUAAAGCCAAGGGCCGCUUCAAUAAUUGGUUGGGCUUUCCAGCUGCUUGCCAGGGUAUUUAAAAAUAUAAAGGAAGGUGCCUGCUUUGGGGCAAUUUUAAGAAUCAGAGGUAAAAAAUCCCACUUUUCAGCACCAGUUUGAGACCUUUGGGUGGUUCUAGUAGGAGAAGCCAAUAGCACCUUUUUAUUAGCAGUUUAAUUUGUCUGAGAGACCAGUGUGGCAUCUGACCCUACAAGUCCCGGGUUCAAAUCCUGUUUCAGUCGUGCUCCCACUGGAUAGCCUUAGGCAACCCGCCCUCCUGCUUUGUCACAGUCACUCAGAGAGUUAAUAUUCAUAUCUUGUCCAUAUGAAACACCUUGAAACGGCCCAGCGCUAUAUAAAUGCUCAGCAUUAACAUUUAUCUUUUACUAAGUCUUAAACCAUCAAAGUUAGAAAAGAAAAUGUUCAUGCCUUUAUUUAAAAAGUAAUUGUACAAAUGUAAUACAUAAGCUUGACGUAUUACAAGAAUUUAAAAUUUGUUGUAGAAUAUUGUAUGGAACAUGGCUGGGGAAUCUGUAACCCUCCAGCUGCUGUUGAACUGCAACUUCCAUAAUUCCUGGCCAUUUGCCACUCUGACUGGAGCUGAUCUCCCCUUCAUCCCAGUCAAGAAAGAGCAUGCCAACGUCCUCGGGGGCAAUGGGUUGGGGGGCUGGUAGUGAUAGAACUAAGUCACCAGGUGUAGGGAGAGAGGGGCUGGGGGAAUAUCUAGGGUCAGCCAAUAUUCUAAAGUUGCACUUCCAUACUCACCUAGGAGUAAGCGCCACUGAACUUAGCUCUCUUUAGACAAAUACAGAAUUGUGCUGUUGGUGCAAGCUUGCUUCUCCCCACCGCCAGCCUCCAAACCAGGUCGGGGAAUAGCGGGAUGGCGGCGCUCCGCCUCCCCGCUGUCUCCCGAGCUUGUGGGGCUGCCCGAUAUCUGCCCGAAGCCCAGGGUGCGCUCUGGAGCGUGCCCCAUGCUUCGGGCUGCAGGCUGCCGCCCGCAAGCCUUGCGAGCCCGCGGGAACUCCUGCCGGGCUCGCAAGGCUUGCGGAUAGCUUCCUGAAGCCUGGAGAGCGAGAGGGGUUGGUGCGCACCGAUCCCUCUCGCUCUCCAGGCUUCAGCGAAAGCCUGCAUUCGCCCCAUAGGACGCACACACAUUUUCCCUUCAUUUUUGGAGGGGAAAAAGUGCGUUCUAUAGGGCGAAAAAUACGGUAGUUACGUCAAAGGAACCAGCUUUAAUUUCCUCCCAAUAUAUCUCAUGUGUUAAAAAUGAUUACAACAUUUGUGUUGCUAUGGGCAGCAGCCAGGCUGAAUGUAUAUGUUCCAGACAUAUACAUUGAAUCAUGUUGGCUUAAUAGAUAUUUGAAAGAUAAGGAAAAUAAUUUAUACUGUUGGUUUUGCUUCUGCAAGUAAACUUCAGGCUCAUUGCCUUGAUUUGGGAUUGUUUGGCACAGCAAGGAGGAAGGAACUGGCUCUCCUCCCGGCUCGGUUCUGUUUGCUGACUGACUUCUCCCUCCUAGGUGCUGGGGGGUGUGCAUCACCUACGGCACGUGGUUUGCUCUGGAAGCCUUUGCUUGUAUGCAACACACCUACCAGGAUGGGUGAGUGAAGACCUUCACCAGGUUUUAUAAUGGAAGCUCCUCUGAUCAGAAGAGCUUGCUGGCAGUGAGUGGCCUUUCAUUCAGCAUGAAGAAUUGCGCUGUCUUAUUGCCCUCUAUGGGAUGGGGAGAAGGAGGGCACCAUCUCCCUACACUGAGCCUAGAGGCAAACCGCUCUGGGAUUCAGCUGGGAGCCAGCCUCACCUGAAGAGCCGAGUCAGCAAAGGUGGCCGCUCUCUCAGGCUCACCUGCGCAGGGGAGGGACUGGAGAGACCGGCACUACUGGGCCAGACAGACCCAUUGUUCUCACCCACAACUUACGGCGGUUUCAGCAGCUGAGGACAGGCCUCCUGGUCAGCACUGGUUUGCAGUGGUGACAUCCGCUCUUCUCUCCAUAAGUUUCUUCCCCCGUAUAUAUUAUCCUGGCCCCAUCAGAAUGCAGAAAGACCAUCCCAUCAGGCAUCAGGUGGGCCUCCUGCAGAUGCUUCUCCCUUGACAUUUCCAGAUUCAUCUUGUAGCUCUCAGCCAGCUGAUGGGUGCUGUGUCUAUGGGUGCACAUGCACUCUGGGGACCAUUGAGCCUGUGCUUUCCCUUGAUAUCCUGUCUCCUUUUCAUUUGUCUCUGCCUGGCGUGAUAAAAUUCCUUGCCUUGUCCUUGCUAACCACCAUAUGUUCCUCCGCUGAGGACAUGGAGCCACUCUGUGAGUUCCCGUUCUCCUGCCCUUUCUCUUCCAGAGUGGCCUGUGGGGAGGUGACCCGCGCUUGUGAGUUCUUGGUCUCCAAGCAGAUGGAGGACGGUGGAUGGGGAGAAGACUUUGAAUCUUGUGAGCAGCGCAGAUACAUCCAGAGCACCACAUCCCAAAUACACAACACUUGCUGGGCUCUUCUGGGGCUCAUGGCUGUUAGGUAAAAGUUUGUGCUUGGAAGUGACAUUGACCCUUGGCCUCUGCACGGGGAUGAGGGCAGAUAGAAACAGCCACCAGUCUUGAAUUGCAUCUUUGGGGGACCCCCAUUGGCUAGUAGAGGCUACCACCAAGCAUGCCCAAACAGCAGUUUCCUGGGUCUGUGCCGCAGCCUUGGGAAAAUGCAGGCCUCCCUUUCUCCUGGAAUGCCCUUGUGUAGAAAUUCAACUUUUGGCAGCUGCAAUGAAAAGAUCACAGCUGCCUUGUCUGGCAAAUGUAUCUGCCUGAGCAUAGCCUGCUGUCACUGCGCAUCUCUCCUUGUUAGCCAUGCACCCUGGCAUCAUGCUCCUCUGCCUUGCAGGGACCAGAAAUGCUCAGUUGCUGCAUCCAGUCCUUGAGGCCGUCCCUUUAGCUGCUCGCUUUCUUUGUGGGAACAGUUAACAAGUCUCUGACCGAGGCCAUGCUAACCUGGUGGCAUUUGAUCUUCCUGCCUAGGAUAUUACAUCACUUGCAAGAAUCUUUCCGAUAUUUGUGAAUUACCUGAGCCUUAGCUUUUCCUCUCUAAACCUACUUGAGCAGUGAACUUGGGUCAAAACAACUCUUCUUGCUUUGCAGGUAUCCAGACGUUAGAGUCCUGGAAAGAGGGAUCAAAGUUUUGAUUGACAAACAGCUGCCUAAUGGAGACUGGCCUCAGGUGAAGUGUGCCUCGAGUGCAUUCCAUAUAAAGGAAGGGCACAAGCAACUUGCACAUCUUUGCAAAUCACAGCAUUGCCAUUUGCAUACAUUCUCUCUCCCACUAAUACACCUACAAGCACACCUUUCUUCUUAGCUUCUCAGAAUUCCUCUUCCACCUGGGUUGCGGAUUUUCCUUCAAGCACCAGAAUCUCUUUUGUGUUCCUUGUUUCAGUAUGAUUCCCACCACCCACGUUUUAGCUCCUGUUUGUACCAAUCCCAAUCAAACACAGCCUUUCCUUGGCUGGGAGGGAAUUCCCUCUUGACUAUUCAGCAGCUCAUGAAAAAAGCAGCCCUGGCUAUUGCUACUUCUUGGAAGGGCUGGUUCUCAAAGUGCCCAUUAAGCCGCCUGAAGUUUUAAAUGUUUAAGCAUGGAUCAGGAACAGUGGAAGUAGGAAAGCUGGCGCAAGCCAGACUAUCAAGAUCACUGUGCAUUGUCUGGUUUAUCCUGGAAUGCCUGCACAUUGGAAUCGGAGCCUUUGGUCCAGCUCAUUCUCAGGGCAGUGAAGGUGUCAUUUAUUUAAUUUUAAAAUGUAAACAUUUCAAAAAGUAUCAGCUGCCUUUUCACCAUGGAUAGUCAAAGCAGGUCACACCUGUCAUAUGGUACCUCCAUGUAUGAGGAGGUUUGUGCAGCUCAAGGCCGCUUUUCAGGUGCUGAUGCCCUUAUAGGUCGCUCAUCUUUCCGUGCUUCUUACUGUGUUGGAAAGAUGAGAGGAUGGAUGAGAUGGAAUUUCUGUGUUUCUUUCCCUUGCAGGAGAACAUUUCUGGAGUAUUCAACAAGACCUGUGCGAUCAGCUAUACCUCCUACCGAAACGUCUUCCCCAUCUGGACCCUGGGGCGCUUUUCUCGCCUGCAUCCUGCCCGCCCACUGGCUGGCAAGCGCUUGACGGAGGCAUUAAGAAAUGGAGAGAAGGGCCUGGCUGGCAGGAUGGCAAACGGACAUGGAGAAGCACCACUCCCCUCUUCCUGA